CAGUGUUGGCUGCACCCACAGUAGUGAGUCUAUACUAGCAUAAUACGAUUUAUUAUUCGGUACUGAGCUAUCAUUGGUACAGCCAAUGGGCAAUGGUAUGGAAGCAAGGAGUCCGUUGGGGAAUUCUGGUGUGCCUCGGGGUGUUGAUUGGAAACGGCUCGAAACUCCAGAUGGGCACAUCUCCACGCCCAAAUCAGGACCAUCUUACGACCAGUGAUGAACGGACCGGACCCUCUACACAUCCACCUAGUUCAUUGGUUUUUCUUGUAUUCGGUUCGUUCCUUACAGUCCAUCUUAAAAUCUCGGUUUCGCUUUGCAGUAAUUUUGAUCGAUCUUGGCAUUCGCGUCGUCUAUAGAAAAGGGCGGGCUGGUUGUGGUGGGUUACUAUGGAGUAAUCUGUGUACUCUUAGGCAGUGGGAGACAGGGACGGACGCUCUUGUGCUGCAGUUGUACAAGAAGUCGACGUAUUGAGCUGGCGAUUGCACAAUGCCGGUCUAUAGAUAGAUUGCAACUGACACAGAAGAUGCAAAGUCACGUCA